AUGUCUCAGCUAUUCGCCAUUCCAAAGACUGUUUUUCUGCCAGAAGGCCCUGGCGUGUCAUUCCUGGAUCUUACCCCUGAGCUGAGAAACAUGAUCUACGAACAUCUACUCACUGGCGAUCUAACAAAACUGCUAAACACGACUCUUCGACACCUCGUGACCGAUACAUUCGGUAUUCGCCAAUACCGCCGACAGAUUCUUUCCAUAUCGAUGGAUCAUGUUGAUGGUGAUCUUCCUUCGCAAGUCUGCAUCAAGUUUGGAGAUAGCCACCGACACUCCGAUGCAAACUGGAAGCUGAACUUCCAGUCGAAAGAUAAAUGCAAAACAUUUGAGAGAUUUGGCAAGGACCAACGACCUGCUCUGGUCUGCCUCCCGCGGGGUGUCAAGAAACUGAUCUUCAAAGAGGUCAUGUGCUCGGACCCCGUCGAUGUCAAUGUCGACGAUAUGGAUCUCACGAGCCCUGACCUAUCUCUUCUAUUCGUCUGCAAACAAAUCACAAACAUUGCGAAACCAAUUCUCUGGUCUCAAAACGACUUCACAUACCGAACAACCCUAGAGCCAUCACCCGUUGACAGAGGGACCUCUCAACGCCGCCUCCAAGCAGUGCUCGGUACCAGAAAGACGAUGGUACAUUCAUAUUCCGACAGGUUUUGUCCAAAUACCAGCCGUCAUGUAAGCAGAGGCACACACCAAAACAUCACCAUCGAGCUCAAUUUCGAGUAUGAUCGGGCAAUGACACUGGCCGAUGUUCGAAUCGACGCAAAGCACCUGAUCCGGAUCGCAUCGCACCUUGACGGCCGGAAAUGCUUUGUUCGCUUCAAAGUCUCAUCUACGGUGGACGGAGUUACAAAGACUGAGGAAAACACCGUCACCCUACGAGACAUCCGAGCUCGUAUCCUAGAGCUUCUGUCGCAUGCGGUCAGCACCAACCGCCGGAUAGCCAACGGCGAUGUGUUCGAAUUCGACAUUGAUGGAAACGGGAAUGUCGGCCGUCUAAAGUACACCAUAAUGCUAGACUCAGAGUCAAUACUUGGAACUGAGGAAUACGUGCAACUCCCUUCAAUAGAGGCUGUUGAGGCACAUCACGGUAGAGAAUAUUGGGAAGGAAAGAAUCGGCCCAUGGUGGAUGGAGACUCUUCCCCGCACUCUAUUGGGAAGCUCAGUACCUAUUUCCGAUAUCUUCAAGCGGUAGCGAAGAGGUCUUCAAACAUGAUGAUGUCGUCCAGCGACGAUUACUUUGCGAGGAAAUGUUUCUUUGAACAAAAUUGA